AUAGAAAAAAAAGGAAGGAAAAAAAAAAUCAAAAUAAAGAGGAAAUUUUAAAGAAUAAAUAAAAGGAAAGGUGGGGGAGGGGGGGUGGUGAGAGAGAAACUAUAACACCUUGUUGAAUGUGACUUUUCUUUCUGGGGAGCCUCCUCUUAUAUUAAUUCAACUCCCUUUCUCAGCUGCUACUUCAUUUUCUAGCCUCCCUUUAUCAAAACCUCUCUCUUUUCCUUUCUCUCUCUCUUAAAUUUUUUUUACCAAAGCAUUCCAAAGACACUGUUCAGAACCACCCCUGCUUUGCUGACAGUUUCACCUAGUAUUCAGCAAAGUUGCUGUUUUGGGAAAGGUCUCUUCCUCAUUGUAAUUUGGUCUGUCUCAAAAUGGGGAGGCACUCUUGCUGUUACAAGCAGAAACUGAGGAAAGGUCUUUGGUCCCCUGAAGAAGAUGAGAAGCUCUUGAGGCAUAUCACAAAGUACGGCCAUGGCUGCUGGAGCUCUGUCCCUAAGCAAGCUGGUCUGCAGAGGUGUGGAAAGAGCUGCAGGUUAAGGUGGAUUAAUUACUUGACUGAUUUAAAGAGAGGCACAUUCUCUCAGGAAGAAGAAAACCUCAUAAUUGAACUUCAUGCAGUUUUGGGUAACAGGUGGUCCCAAAUCGCUGCACAAUUGCCAGGAAGAACCGACAAUGAAAUUAAAAAUCUGUGGAACUCUUGCUUAAAGAAGAAGCUUAGGCAAAGAGGCAUUGACCCUGUCACACACAAACCGCUCUCAGAGGUUGAAAAUGGAGAAGACAAGAGUCAACAGACAAACAGCCGGGAUAAGGCCUCCAGGGCAUCUAGUGAAUUGAACCUCAACACCGACAAUCUUAAACCUGGAGUAACUUUACAUGAACAAAGACUAACGUCAGUUACUGCACAUGGUUAUCAAUUGGAAAUGGAAGGCUCUCGCUCCAAGACAAUGAACGGCAGCAAUAACAAUAGCAACAACAAAAUUUGAUGACAUCCACAGCCAGCAAAGACCUUCUUUCCGGAUAGAUUUGCAGCCACUCACCAUGAAAGCACAACCACCAACAGCCAGCCUUCUGAUUUAGUGGGGCAUCUUCCAAUUCAACAAUUGAACUAUGCAUCCAAUGCCAGGCUCUCCUCUACCUCAAACCCUACUCUCUGGUUCACGCAAAAUAGCAAAUCUUUCGAUAUCAAUUCUGAAUUUUCUUCAAGCGCGAUGUCCACCCUUCUCCCACCAUUGACAAGUUCAUUUCUCUCUGCUCCUAUGGGAUUCAAACCUUCUGUCUCCGUUUCCUCUGAUAGCCCUUCGAUGCCCUCGUUUACUGUUAAUGGAUCCCGCUAUUGGGAAACCGGUGCCUCCGCCAAUAACAGUAACAGCAGCAGCAGCACUGAGCUGCAAAGCAACAGUUCCUUCUUUGAGAAUAGUUUCUCUUGGGGGUUGGCAGAUUGUAGCACUUCAGAGAAAGAGGCUCCAAUCCCUCUAAUGGAAAGCCAAGCAGAAGAAAUCAAGUGGCCAGAAUAUCUCAAUAACCCGUUAUUAGUGGCGGCUGCUUUGCAAAAUCAAACUCCACAAUCCUUAUACAACAUUGAGAUAAAAUCAGAAACACAUUUCCUGACUAAUAGUUCAAACGGUAUGUGGCCCCAUAACCAAGAGCAGCAAGAACCAUUACAAAAUUCCGAUAUGUGUGCGAAGGAAAUCCAGAGACUUACGGCAACCUAUGGACAUAUUUAGCUUUUGCAUUUAUCAGAGGACCCCUCUUCUUAGAAGAAAGCAAAAAAGAAGGGGGCUUGAACAAAUGCCAUUCUCAUAUCAGGUGUGUACCACAGAUUUUUCUUUCUUUCUUUUAUCUUUUUUCCCCCCCUUUCUCUUCAUUCUCGUGUAUAUAGGUCUGAUACAAAAAUUUAUCACCUCUGCUUUUGGACUAUUUGUGAGCAUAACAAUCUUGUUGUUA